CUUGUUUUGACCGGGCGAUGCGUCUGUGUGACUGAUCUAGCCUAUGCACCAAAUAGAGGAUAUCUACUGUAAAUAUUCUCUGGUUAUUGCGUUUCAGCAAGUGAUACUCACUGAGUCGACGAUGCGGACAUUGUGGGCUGGAUGUGUAGGCCUAUGUUUCAUCAGCCUUUUAACAGCUGUAUCUGGUGAACUUCGUCUCGCAUCGUAUUAUGGUGACCACAUGGUUCUACAAAAAGCCCCAGAGAGAGCCGUGAUCUGGGGCUAUGGGACAAACAACACGACUGUUGUAGUUAGUCUGUCUGGGCUGUCCAACAGAAACACUUACAGGAGUACCGUAAGAGACAGUAUAUGGAGGGUGACCCUUGAUCCUGUGAAGGCGGGAGGUCCUUACAACGUGAGCGCUGUGGAGAGUGGUGGGAGUGAUGGCAAGAUCAUGAUCACAGACGUGAUGUUUGGGGACGUGUGGCUGUGUGGGGGACAGAGCAACAUGGCCUUCACAGUCUCUCAGGUAAAUAACAGUUUAGCAGAGCUGGCCUUAGCCUCAAAGUUCCCAGACGUGCGGAUCUUCCAGGUGGCCCUGGAGACGAGUUUGGUUGAACUUACAGACCUCUCUGGAGUCUCUGUGCCUUGGUCUGUGCCCACAGCUCAUUUACUGGGUGGUGGAGAUUUCACUCACUUCUCUGCGGUCUGCUGGCUAUUUGGACGUUACCUGUACCAGACCUUGCAGUACCCUAUCGGCCUGGUAGAGUCAUGCUGGGGAGGGACACCUGUGGAGGCGUGGUCCUCCAGCAGACCCCUCCAGAAAUGUGGCAUUCCCCAGACACCAAAGAGUCAUGACGACUUCAAAGAGGAUGAACCAUUACUGUUGGCUGGCCCAAAGGAAAACUCUGUGCUGUGGAAUGCCAUGAUCCACCCUCUGCUCAACAUGACCAUCACAGGUGCCAUCUGGUAUCAAGGUGAGAACAACGGUAACUACAACCGCGAUAAGUACAGCUGCACCUUCCCCGGCAUGAUUGACGACUGGAGGAUGGCUUUCAACAAGGGCUCAGGGGGCCAGACUGCUGCAGACUUCCCCUUUGGAUUUGUGCAGCUGUGCACCAAUAAGCAGAGUAAUGUACCGGACGGCUUCCCAGAGAUCCGCUGGCAUCAGACUGCUGACUUUGGCUACGUUCCCAAUGAGCGCAUGAAGCGGACCUUCAUGGCCGUGGCCCUUGAUUUACACGAUGCUGCUUCACCUUGGGGCGCCAUCCACCCACGCUUCAAACAGGACGUGGCCUACAGAUUGACCCUUGGUGCACGGGCGGUUGCCUAUGGUGAAAAGGGUGUAUCCCACCAGGGUCCCUUCCCAAGUUCUGUUCAUGUUAAUGGCACCUACCUAAUACUCACUUACGAUCAGAACGUCUUUGCCACCCCGGCCAAAGACACAUUUGAGGUGUGUUGUUCCAUGGAAAAGGUGCAGUGCAGUUCUGCGGAUAUCUUCUGGAUCUCUGCCCCCAUGGUGCCACAGGACCCCUCCACGGUGGCUGUGAGCCUGGGGGGCUGUGCGGCUGAGCACGUGGCCUCCCUGCGGUACGCCUGGAAGGACUGGCCCUGUGGCUUUAAGGCCUGCCCCGUCUACAGCGCUGACAGGGUCCUGCCUGCACCACCUUUCGUCCUGCACCGGUGGCCCUAGCAAGGAAGGGUCAACGGGCCCUUACUCACAAAGUGGACAGGGUGGAGCAGCGGUAGCAUUGACGCCUGACAAUCAGUCGGCCUGAGCUUGAAUCAUACCUCAUACUGUGAAUCCGUGGAUAAAGGCAGCGGUCAAAUUAAGUCACUUUACUUUCAUUUUACAAAUGGUUUACUGUGUUUUUUCCCCUUGUGCUGAUUGCCUUGCGGAUGCUGUUAGCUGACUGUUCUAAGGUCACAUACAGACUAUUAGUGGGCAGGGACCUGCACCCUUGGGUGUGAAGAGAGUUGGACUUCAUUUGCCUCAGGGUUGGAACCUCUGGAGAUUCUACAGCUGUCACCUUUCACAUUUGCCUUGUCACAACUUGAGCUCUACAGAGUACUUGUCUGCCACUAAUUUAUGUUGUUUUAUUUUUUUUCACUAUGGCAUACAGGCAUGCUUCUAAAAUCAUGUUUUUCCCCUAAUUUAUUUCAAAAAGUUAAAUUUUCAUAUGAUCUAUAUUGAUUACACUUUAUUGAUUAAAGUGAAAUGUUUCAAGCCGG